AGCUCGCCGCCUGCAGAGAGCGUGUCUCUACAGUCCUGCUAGUCUGCCCCUGUCCAGCCAGGUCACGCGCGGGGAAGCUCGUCAACCCACCCCUCUGACAUCUACGCCAAGUUAACUAACUCCUCUCGUCGGCUCCGACGGCGGGGUCCUUGUUCGACAUGGAGCUCCUCCCGGACGACGUGCUCAUGACGGUCAUGCAGUUCCUGUGCGUGGAGGACGUCCUGGCCUGCCGCCUCGUGUGCAGGAGGCUCUGCGGCCUCGCUGUGCACCGGGACGUCUGGCGCCACCGAUCGCUCUCCGACGACGACCCCUGCGCCGGCGCGGUGCUGCUCCUGGCCCCGUGCCUCGAGAGGCUUGUCGUCACGGGCCGAGUCCCGACCCUGGCGGUGACGACGACCAGGUGCGCCGUGGUGAGUCUGGAGCUGCGGGGCAAGCGAGUUCUGGGAGGUCAUCUCGGACGAGCACGGCAUCGACCCCACCGGGACGUACCACGGCGACUCGGACCUCCAGCUCGAGCGCAUCAACGUGUACUACAAUGAGGCCACGGGCGGCAAGUACGUGCCGCGCGCGCUCAUGGUGGACCUGGAGCCCGGCACGCUGGACUCGGUGCGGUCCGGGCCGUUCGGCCAGAUCUUCCGGCCGGACAACUUCAUCUUCGGCCAGAGCGGCGCGGGCAACAACUGGGCCAAGGGCCACUACACGGAGGGCGCCGAGCUGAUGGAGUCUGUGCUGGACGUGCUGCGCAAGGAGGCCGAGGGCUGCGACUGCCUACAGGGCUUCCAGAUGACGCACUCGCUUGGCGGCGGCACCGGCUCGGGCAUGGGCACGCUCAUCAUCAGCAAGAUCCGCGAGGAGUACCCCGACCGGAUCAUGGCCACGUUCAGCAUCGUGCCCAGCCCCAAGGUCUCGGACACGGUCGUGGAGCCGUACAACGCGACGCUCUCGGUGCACCAGCUGGUCGAGAACACGGACGAGACGUUCUGCAUCGACAACGAGGCCCUGUACGACAUCUGCUUCCGCACGCUCAAGCUGACCACGCCGACGUACGGCGACCUGAACCACCUCGUGUCCGCCACCAUGUCCGGCGUCACCACCUGCCUCCGCUUCCCCGGCCAGCUCAACGCGGACCUGCGCAAGCUCGCCGUCAACAUGGUGCCCUUCCCGCGCCUGCACUUCUUCCUGCCGGGGUUCGCCCCGCUCACGUCCCGGGGCAGCCAGCAGUACCGCGCCAUCACCGUGCCCGAGCUCACCCAGCAGCUGUUCGACAGCAAGAACAUGAUGGCGGCCUGCGACCCGCGCCACGGCCGCUACCUCACCGUGGCCGCCAUCUUCAGGGGCAGGAUGUCCAUGAAGGAGGUCGACGAGCAGAUGCUCAACAUUCAGCUCAAGAACAGCUCGUACUUCAUCGAGUGGGUGCCGAACAACGUCAAGACGGCCGUCUGCGACAUCCCGCCCCGGGGACUCAAGAUGUCGGCCACCUUCAUCGGCAACUCGACCGCCAUCAUGGAGCUGUUCUACCGCGUGUCGGAGCAGUUCACCGCCAUGUUCAGGAGGAAGGCGUUCCUGCACUGGUACACGGGGGAGGGCAUGGACGAGAUGGAGUUCACCGAGGCCGAGUCCAACCUGAAUGACCUGGUCGCCGAGUACCAGCAGUACCAGGAAGCCUCGGCGGAAACCUACGACACGGAGGAGGAGGAGGAAGAAGAAGAGUAGAAGUGAGGGUUGAGUCAGCUUCCGUUUAAUGCUACCAUUCAAUCUUGUGAUAUUAAGUGUGUCAAUUUAGUAUGGUUUGUAAGAGUAACGUGAUACUAGAACUAGAUCGCUUAGCCACUUCUCUUUUUAGAAAAGAGAAAAGAUUAUUUUAACGUUUUUAAUAAGCCAGGUUUUAAGAUUUCACAGUUGUAAGACAAACGUUCGCGUAAGUCCAUUUCAUUUGUUAUGGUUGUGUUUUUUUCACUCCGCCCUUCUUGUACGUUUCGCGGACUGCCCCGGCGGUUCACGUCACUUGAAUAAUUUUGUAGGCCUAAGUUGAACAAUUCCCUGUAACUUUUUUGUUGUGUGUACUUUGCUCCCCGUGUGUUCGGGGCUGGUCCGCCCGGCCCCGCCCGGCCCCGCCCGGCUCCUGCCAUUGUGUCUUUAAUAAAGUAAAACCAGCCUCGCA